AUGGUUUCUUCCCUUCUCGCUCUCGGCGCCUUGGCCGCCUCCGCAAUUGCUGCUCCUCUGGACGCCCGCGCCGGCUGCACCUUCACUGAUGCCGCCUCUGCCAUCAAGGGCAAGGCCAGCUGCACUACCAUCGUCCUCAACAACAUUGUCGUCCCCGCCGGCACCACGCUUGACAUGACCGGCCUCAAGGCUGGCACUCACGUCACCUUCCAGGGCAAGACCACCUUCGGCUACAAGGAAUGGGAGGGUCCCCUCAUCUCCUUCUCUGGCUCCAACAUCCUCAUUGACGGUGCCUCUGGCUCCUCCAUUGACUGCCAGGGCCAGCGCUGGUGGGACGGCAAGGGAGGCAACGGCGGCAAGACCAAGCCUAAGUUCUUCUACGCCCACAGCCUUAAGAACUCUAACAUCAAGAACCUUAACGUCCUGAACACUCCCGUCCAGGCUUUCUCCAUUAACAGCGCCACCAACCUCGGCGUCUACGGUAUCAACCUUGACAACUCCCUCGGAGACUCCAAGGGUGGCCACAACACCGAUGCUUUCGACGUCGGCUCCUCCACUGGUGUCUACAUCUCCGGCGCUGUUGUCAAGAACCAGGACGACUGCCUCGCCAUCAACUCCGGCACCAACAUCACCUUCACCGGCGGUACUUGCUCUGGUGGCCACGGUCUUUCCAUUGGCUCCGUCGGCGGUCGCAGCAACAACGUUGUCAAGGACAUUGUCAUCUCCAACUCCAAGAUCUCCAACUCCGACAACGGUGUCCGCAUCAAGACUGUCUACGGCGCCACUGGCUCCGUCUCCAACGUCCAGUACACCGGUAUCACUCUGUCCAACAUUGCCAAGUACGGUAUCGUCAUUGAGCAGGACUACGAGAACGGCUCCCCCACCGGCAAGCCCACCGCUGGCGUCCCUAUCACCGCCCUUACCAUCAGCAAGGUCACUGGAACCGUCGCCUCCUCCGGCACUGACGUCUACAUCCUCUGCGCUUCCGGUGCCUGCAGCAACUGGAAGUGGAGCGGCGUUAGCCUUACUGGUGGCAAGAAGUCCACCAAGUGCUCCGGCAUUCCCAGCGGCGGUGCCGCUUGCUAA